AUGGCGAAGACUUACCCAUUAUUUGGCAAUAGGCUCCUGAUUGGAUUUUUUCUCUCCAAUUUGGAUGUUACUAUUGUAAGCUCGUCUCUCACGAGUAUCACAGAUAGCCUGGAAGGCUUCGAGAAGAGAAGCUGGAUUGUCACUGGAUAUUUGGCCACUUACACAGGUUCCAUGGCAAUAUGGACCAAAGUCAGCGAUAUAAUUGGGAGGAAAUAUGCCACAAUUGCCGCACUUGUGAUUCUGCUCGCGUUCUCUCUUGGAUGUGGGUGCGCCCAGACAGUCAAUCAAUUAAUAAUACUACGAGCAUUACAAGGAAUAGGAGGUGCUGGUGCGUACGCACUGGCAAUCUUAUGCACCUACGAGAUAGCCCCUAAAACGAAGCUUCCGACCUACAGCGGUCUCAUGUCAUUCUGUCUGGCCCUUGCCUCUUUGAUAGGCCCAAUCAUCGGAGGUGCCCUUGCUCAACGCUCUGCCUGGAGAUGGCACACCCCCUCAUUCAGAACGCGAGCGUCAUAUCGCUCAUUUGCUAAUCUUGAUCUCGUGGGCUCGCUUCUGAUAAUGACUGGCUCGUUUUUAACAGUCACCGUCUUGAAUGAAACGGAUUUGGCAUUUUCAUGGUCCUCGAGAGAGGCGAUUGCCCUCCUUGUGCUUUCGAGUGUUUCCUGGCUUGCUUUCUUUGUCUGGGAAUGGCACAUCUCGGGCAUCCCGGGGAAAGACCCAAUAUUUCCUAAGCGGUGGCUUUUUGAUCGUCCAUGGCUGGGCAUCCUCAUUUCCGCGUUUGUCACCGGUGCACCAUUCAACGUCGUUCUACAAGCUCAGAUUCUGUUAGGCAAGUCGCCUCUCGAUUCCGGUAUAUAUUUGAUUGGGUAUUCGGCUGUUGCAGCUGUUGCCGCGGCCCUGGCCAAUAUCGCUAGCUCCAGAGGACGCAUCCCAUUCAUUUACUCUCUGCUCGUGGGCUGUGCCAUCCACACCGUCGGUGUGGGACUUCUUUCGACUGUUGCCACUUCGAAGGGCUUCCACGUCACAGAUAUUGUCUACGAGAUUAUUGCGGGUGCAGGAAUAGGGCUGACAAUGGGUAUCCUGAUGCUCUCGAUACCAUACGUAGUCGAGGACAGAGAUAUCGCGAUUGCCACUGGCGCCGUGAUCCAGUUCCGAUUCCUUGGUGGUGCUAUCAGCCUCGCUAUUGCAUCUAACAUCCUAAAUGGCAAUCUGGCGCAUCGUUUGCAGGGUAUUCUGUCAUCGCAUGAACUACAUCUUUUCCUUGAGAAUGUGAAAUCGAUUCAAUAUCUAUCUCCGGAUCUACAGGAAGAGGUGCAGAAUAUUUUUGCGUCUAGCUACAGUACGCAGCUGAAAGUCAUGAUCGGAUUCGCGGCCGCUCAGUUACCGGCAAUUCUGCUACUGGUGAAGCCAGGCCGACAGCUAGCGGCCCACAGAGUACAUUCAGGAUAA